AUGACGCGUCAGAAAGCCAGAGAGGUAACCAUUCAUGCUGCGGAUGCGGAAGACGACCGAGAUUUCCUGUACAAACGUCCGGAAACGGUCUCAAGCUGUGGAUCUCAUGAGGACAGACCGAAUCACGCCACGGGAUCGUCCAUCCUCAAGGACAGGUAUGAGAUGGAGAAGAGAAGUGAUAUAUUUGCCCACCGACAGUCGCUGCGUCAAACCCCUGAGCAGUUCACCGCUGUUGCUGUUGAAGACAACAGUCCUUCUAGAGUAAACUCGGAUCGUCAUUUCUCGAACUGGCCUUACAAUUGCUGUUAUUUCGUACCUGAGCUCAUGAACGCCGAAGGCGCAAUCUCCCUACUCAAUAGUGACGCUGAAUUUUACCCUGCCGACUGCAACACGCUAGAACGUUUGAAAGUCGUUGAUUCGACGGAGACCGGAACAUCUUCUUUUGACCUGUCUCCUUUGGAGAGUGAAUUUGACGACCUUCUCCAGCUGUUUGACCUCAACCACGGCAGUACACGAAUCCUCUUCAUUUCCCAAAAACGGCGGUGUCCCAAGAACCGCACCACCAAUAUGUAUGGGCUCAAACAUUCAACGUGGUUCACCAUCUUGUCCUCGUGCGACAUACCUCCAGAUGCAGUCCAACUGAUCCACGAGAACAACGGCUGCUGGGGAGCCCACACAUCAUACUGUUCCGAUGUCAGAAGCAAGACUUGUCCGGUCAAGAGCCCAGAUGACUCGAUCGGGGAGACGCUAAGUGCCUACCAUAUACGGUUGAAGCCACGACCUUGGUGGAACGAAGAGCAUUUCGUCUAUGCUCGUCAUUGCUUUCACUCAAGGAAGAAGCUUUUACUCGUCGUGGGCACUUCUCUUGAAGCGCAACAGCAGCGUCUCUUGUCACAAUUUCAUUCUGCAACGGAACCGCAGUUUUCCGUCCUGCUUGCCCUUACAACCACAUGGACGAAAGAUCUCAAAGAGAAUUUCGUGGGAGCAAGACUUUGA